AUGGAUCGUCAUCAACGUUGCUUGAAGAAGAGAUCGCGACACAGUUGGAUCAGCAGACAAGAGAAGACCUCCAAGCGGUUGAGCGUGAAGAUAUCCGGGGUUGGUAAGCAGAAACUAUUCCAGCUGGGCAACGUACAGACCGAACGGGAGCUGGGGCUUCCCAGUCAAACGCUGAAUUACGAAGAACUGUCGAGUACCUUUCCGCAUCUGCAAGGACUUCCCGUUGCUAGUUAUACCAAUGCCAAACCAGGCAUGAUUAUCGGUCUUGAGCACGUGAAGCUGCUCACUAGUUUAAAAAUUCGCGAGGGCAGCUGCAGCGAACCGGUGGCCACUAAAACUAGGUUGGGGUGGUGCGUGUAUGGGAGAAAUUCCGGGGACAGAGGGUCCAUGGAACAGCUUCACCUGCAUGCUCGAGUUAGUAUGAGCAAUAGCGACUUGCAUGACUCGAUGCGAAAGUUUUUCGCCGUUGAAGAUGCCGUAGUGACAAAACAGAUUGAAGCCGAGGAAGACAAGCGGGCACGCAGUAUUCUGGAGGCAACCACGGUGCGGAAAGAAGCCCGUAUGGAAGCGGGAUUAUUAUGGCGUAUAGAUAACGUAAAAUUUCCGGAUAGUUUUCCGAUGGCGGUAAGCAGGUUGAAAGGUCUGGAAAAACGGUUGGCUAAAGAUCCUGAGCUUCGCAGGAAAGUGAAUGAGCAGAUAGAGAGCUACGAGAAGAAGCAGUACGUCCGUAAGGUGUCACCGGAGGAACUUAAGCAAGUGAACCCCGAGCGUGUGUGGUACUUGCCGUUAGGAGUGGUAACGAAUCCCAGGAAGCCAAACAAAAUUCGGAUGGUGUGGGAUGCUGCUGCCAAGGCUAAUGGUGUCUCAUUCAACGACAUGCUGCUAAAGGGUCCGGAUCUACUGGUUUCGCUUGUGGAGGUGUUGCUGCGGUUUAGGGAAGGCAAGAUCGCAGUGUGCUCAGAUAUCCGAGAAAUGUUCUUGAGGAUUCUGAUUCGUGAGGAGGAUAAGUGGACCCAAUGUUUUCUAUGGCGCGCCAGUCCGGAAGAUGAAGUGCAAAUUUUUGUUAUUAACGUCGCCAUGUUUGGGGCAACUAGUUCUCCCUGCACAGCACAGUUCGUAAAGAACAAAAACGCACUUGAUUACGCAGAACUUUACCCCAAAGCGGUAGAUGCGAUUAUUAGGAACCACUACGUCGAUGACUUUCUCAGCAGUGUCAGUUCUGUGGAGGAAGCCGUACAGCUCGUCCGGCAAGUGCAGCUAAUACACGCAGCCGGUGGAUUCGAGUUCGGAAAAAUUCUAUCCAGCUCACAGGAGGUGCUCGAUCUACUCGGGGAGACUGGUACGUCUGACAGCAAGUCACUCAAUUUAGAGAAGGAACGGGUCUACGAGCGAGUCUUGGGCGUGGUAUGGGUUCCCAGGGCGGAUCACUUCACGUUCGACCGAACAGGGCUGGAAGGAAUUUUAGAAGGCGGAAUGAUUCCAAUGAAGCGCCAAGUUUUACGCACAGUUAUGAAAUUAUAUGAUCCGCUGGGAUUCGUAGCGCACUUUGUAGUGCAAGGAAAUAUAUUGAUGCAAGAAAUCUGGCGAACGGGUACUAACUGGGACGAGCCCAUAUCAGAGUCUUUGCACAACCUGUGGAGUAGGUGGAUCGAGGUGUACCUGACGAUCAGCGAGGUGAGGGUUCCCCGAUGCUUUCUUGGUCAUCUUUUGCCGGAGGAAAUCGACGAAAUCGAACUUCAUGUGUUUACGGACGCGAGCGUAGCGUCCUUUGCUUGUGUGGCCUAUCUGAGGAUGUCGUAUAGCGGAGGCAGCUGGUGUUCGCUGGUUGCAGCAAAGACAAAAGUUGCGCCACUUCAGGCGCUCUCAAUCCCCCGCUUGGAGCUUGAGGCUGCCAUGAUGGGAUCACGCUUGUUGCAGAAAAAUUCGUACGGCACUUACCCUCAACAUUCGAAGACACUUCCUGUGGACGGAUUCAGCUACAGUGCUCGCAUGGCUCCGCUCAGACACGUGGACGAAUGGCGCUAUGUGCCAUCGAAGCUCAAUGUUGCGGACGACGCCACAAAGUGGAACUCGGGACCCUCAUUUGACCCAGAAAACCGUUGGUACCAAGGACCACCGUUUCUACGAAACCCAAAAGAGCAGUGGCCUGGGCAGUCAGUAGUGGAGGAUGAAGCGGAUGUAGCAUGCGAAGAACUACGUUUAGUAGGCGUACAUCAAGCGGCCGAGGAAUAA